UAGGUUAGUUGGACAGCCACAAACACCAAACUCACCGAACAAUUAGAACUUAUGGGCAUUUUCCAACCCCUAGACCUCACCGUCAUGGACACUAUUCCGGUGGCGCCACCGCCGGAAUCCACCGAGGAAACCACUCUUCUUCCCCUCACGUUCCUCGAUAUGAUGUGGCUACCCCUACCCCAUGUCCACCGACUCCUCUUCUACCCCAACCCCGUCUCAAGAACCCACUUCCUACACACCCUUAUUCCCGCCAUCAAAACCUCUUUAUCCCAAUCCCUUCAACACUACACCCCCUUGGCCGGCAGAUUGAUUCUUUCCCCCCACAUUUCCGUCCUGCCGGAGAUCCGCUACGCUCCUGGAGACACCGUCCCGCUGGUCAUCGCUGUGUCGGAUUCAAGCGAACGCGUUUUCGAGCACCUCGUGUCGGAUGGUGUCAAAAGUUGCUCUCUUUUUCAUCCUCUCGUCCCCAGCUUACCCCCUGCUGCUUCAACAGAGUCUCCGGCCGCCGGAUUCUCACUCCCCUUGUUGGCCUUGCAGGUGACGCUAUUUCCCGAUGUCGGGAUUUGCGUCGGCGUGACCAACCACCACGUCGUCGGUGACGCCCGCAGCAUCUUCGGGUUCAUGAAGUCUUGGGCUUUCUUUUCUUCUAACCCAAACCCGUCAACUAUUUCAGAUUUGCCAUCUCAGUUUUUACCCGUUUACGACCGACGGCCGAUCACAGACCGGAGAGGACUGGGGAAGAUAUUCUGGGACAGCUUGAAGAAUAUCAAGAUCCAUGAAACCAGCCUUCAUUUGCUCCCGUCGAUCGCCGGCAAGGUUCGGGCCACGUUUACCCUGACUUCCGACCAAAUCGAGAUGCUCAAGAACCGCAUCCUGGCUCGCCGACCCGACAUCCCACACGUGUCAUCGUUCACCGUGGCCUGCGCGUACGUGUGGCAUUGCCUGGUGCGAUCUCGACACGAGGUCGGCGGAGUUUAUAGCGGCGACGAGCUUUUUCUCUGUGCAGCGGAUUGCCGGGCGCGUUUGGACCCGCCGCUGCCGGGGAACUAUUUCGGCAACUGUCUCACGGCGUGUUUUGGUAAAGCGGAGGUCGGGGAGCUCAUCGGGGAGGACGGGCUGGCAGAGGCGGCGGCCGUGAUCGGAGACAGCGUACGCCGCCGAUUGUACAGCGGGGAAGGGGAUGGAUUGUUCGAAGGCGCUGAAGAUUGGUUCAAGAUGUUUGCGGGCAUGAGGCCCGAUCGGGUGUUUAGCCUGGCCGGGUCGCCUAAUUUUGACUAUUAUGGGCUGGAUUUUGGGUGGGGAAAAGGGAAGAAGUUUGAAAUGCCGUCCAUUGAUAUAACAGGGGCCAUCUCUAUCGGUGCUAGCCGCAUCGAAGAAGAAGAAGGUGGCGGCGGCGGUGGUAGGGAAUUUGGCGUAACUUUGCCUGUUACCCAUAUGGACACCUUUGCUAAGAUUUUCGCCCAAGGUUUGAUCUUUGUAAGACUAAAUAAACUUCUCGAAUAAGAGCUUAUAAUAUUCAUAUACAAAUACCAUACAAAAUGAUAAAAUAUUUGGUUAAGACUUAAGUUAUUUCUCUAAAUAACACCAAAUACUCAUUCUGAAAUAUAAUGGUAUUCAUUCUUAAGUAACGUGGUUCGGCACCUCAAGACCUACUCCACGACCCCCUCUGGGAUAAAAUCUCACUAGUAAUUUUUGCACGGAAAAAUUACAAACCCUCUCCAAUAUUUGACACUCACAACCUAAAUCAAAUACACAAUUAUAUAGAUUAAAGGAUUGUUUUGUGU